UUUUGACCUGCGAUGGCUGCCGCCAGCAUGAGCUAUCGUUAUAGGGAGCCCACAUCCCCAUUUAGACGGAAAACAAUGCCUUUAAAAUCAUACUGGACUUUCGCUUUUCUCAUGUUUACUGCAACACGGUGCUCUGCCGACGAUGAUCAUGAAAUGGAGGAGUUUUUGAAGCGGGAGUAUUCCCUUUCCAAGCCUUACCAAGGUGUGGGAUCCUUAGGCUCAUCCCACUGGGAGCUGAUGGGUGAUGCCAUGGUAACCACCGACCAGGUGCGCCUCACACCUGACAAGCAGAGCAGGCAGGGGGCAGUGUGGGGCCGCCUGCCUUGCCAUCUGACAGACUGGGAGAUGCAGGUGCACUUUAAGAUUCAUGGACAAGGAAAGAAGAACCUGAAUGGUGACGGGCUGGCUAUUUGGUACACUAAGGAACGUAUGCAGAAAGGUCCUGUUUUCGGAAAUAUGGACAACUUCACAGGCUUGGGUGUGUUCGUGGACACGUAUCCCAAUGAGGAGAAACACCUAGAGGCGCAGAAGAAAAGAUAUACUCCUCGCACUCAGAGGAUCUUCCCCUUCGUUCUGGCCAUGGUGGGGAACGGCAGCAUCAGCUACGACCACGAGCGUGACGGCCGGCCCACAGAGCUAGGCGGCUGCAACGCCAUGGUGCGCAACCUCAAACAAGACACCUUUCUCUUCAUCCGAUACAUCCGCCGCAGGCUCACAGUGAUGAUAGACAUCGAUGGACAACAUGAGUGGAGGGACUGCUUGGACAUACCCGGGGUGCGGCUUCCUAAAGGUUAUUACUUUGGAGCUUCAUCCGUCACUGGAGACCUCUCAGAUAACCAUGACAUCAUUUCCCUGAAACUCUACCAACUGACGGUGUUGCGGAGUCAACAGGAAGAGGAAGAGGAGGAAGAAGAGAUUACCAUACCCAGUGUAGAUAACUUUGAACUACUUAAAUUCGGUCUUGUUGAAGAAGGGAUGAGUGGGAUAGCCAUUUUCUUCACCGUGCUCUUCUCCAUGCUGGGCUGCAUCUUCCUCAUCGUCAUCGGCCUGGUGGUCUACAGCCACUGGAAGGAGAACCAACGCAAGCGCUUCUACUGAGAGAGACUGUAACAAAAGCAAAUAUGGAGGUCGUGAUAGUGAAGACUAAUGAGGCCUGUCGACCCAAACCGCACUGAGACGCUGCUGUCGGGUUGUGCAGCAGGUUGUUUUUACCUGAGAACAAACACUAUUUUGAUAGGAGACGGAGUAGAUUUUUCACCUGCUACUCAAAAGCCAUCGUCCAACUUUGCCAUUGGUCGUUACGAAGCAGUAGGAAGAAUUUAUCCUCCACCCGUCUGACACACACCAGCUCUGCCUUACCAUCUCUGCCUCUAUACCUGUUACUCAGCAUACGUGCAGUGCGACAUCUUAUGAGCAGCUACAUUUGAUUUUUUUGGGUCCCUGUUAGCUGCAAAUAGGUAAUUCUGAGAUUUAUCAUAUGCUUUUUUUUAUUUCACUGACUUAUGUUUUUCAGAUAUUAUUUAUAAGUAUCCAAGGUUUUCCAAUCUACAGUAUGACUUGAAGAGCUAACGAAAUAGCACUAAAAAUCAAUGUGGCCACCCGUACUGUAGCUUCAUGCUAACAUAAGAGGCAUCUGUACUCUACUUUGCACCCGUGUGCUUUGUAUUCAGUCAUUUUGAGCAUAUACUAUAUCAUGCUGUAUAUUCUCAUCCUGUAGUAGUUUGCAUGGAUUUCAUGUAGAUUGUUUAUUAUGAGUCCUGAGGAGUUGCGCAUCAUAGUUUACAGUGUGCUUGACCUUUAAAUGUGUUUAUAAAGCGUAUGGAAAACUGUUUAAUUGAUGCAUGUGGCAAAGAUGUGGGUGUUUCAGGGAAAUAUUAUAAUGGAUUUUAAUAUUAAUAAUUGAAAAAAAGAUGUAUUUAUAUUAUUUGUUCUUCAAUUCCAAGAUUUUAUUUUUAUUUCCAUAAAAAAUAUAAACGUUAUUUAAAUCAGAUUAGAACAAAUUCCUCUAAAUAUAUUUAAAACAAAUGAAUUUAAAUGUUGGAUGUGGAUUUUGCACUGAAGAGAUUUUUAAUAUUAAUAAAUAAAAUGUUAUUUAUUAUAUAUACAACUAUUUUCCUUUUUGCUGACAGUUUUUCUUUGCACAUUGUACACAAAGAUUUAUUUUUGUUUGAGUUGUUUUUAACACUACCACUGUGUUUCUGUCAUACCUCAAAUGCUUUUGCAGUGAAGCUCUGGAGGGAGCUGUUGCUCAGCGUUUCUUAUGUUCUGGAAAUGUUUGCAGGUCUCAUGUCAACAUCAUAUAUGUUUCAUGAGUUGCUUUGUUUUCAGUUGUGCAAUAAGUGAGGACCUCCGUAUUUCAUGUAGCCACUUUGACAACCACUUAUUUAUACUUUGUUUUGUAUGAAUCCGUGCCUCGUGUUUCCUCUCUGUUACCCACGAGUUAUAUUUUUAACCAAUGAUUUUGACCUGAACUGUUUGUAUUUCCUCAUUAAAGACCAAAAAAGAACUACAUUGAUAA